AUGUAUUGGAAUUACAGUUUGGUUAAACACCAGAGGACUCACACAGGAGAGAAACCCUUUGAAUGUCCUGAUUGUGGGAAAGGUUUCAGUCAAAGGUCCAGCUUGGUGGAACACCAGAGGACUCACACAGGAGAGAAACCUUUUGAAUGUUCUGCUUGUGGCAAAUGUUUCAGUCAGAAUUCCAGUUUGAUUAAACACCGGAGGAAUCACACAGGAGAGAAACCCUUUGAAUGCCCUGAUUGUGGGAAAGGUUUCAGUCAAAUGUCCAGCUUGGUGGUACACCAGAGGACUCACACAGGAGAGAAACCCUUUGAAUGUCCUGAUUGUGGGAAAGGUUUCAGUCAAAGGUCCAGCUUGGUGGUACACCAGAGGACUCACACAGGAGAGAAACCCUUUGAAUGUCCUGAUUGUGGGAAAAGUUUCAGUCAGAAUUCUGAGCUGGUGAUUCAUCAGAGGACGCACACAGGAGAGAAACCCUUUGAAUGUCCCAAUUGUGGGAAAGGUUUCAGUCAAAGGUCCAGCUUGGUGGUACACCAGAGAACUCACACAGGAGAGAAACCCUUUGAAUGUCCUGAUUGUGGGAAAAGUUUCAGUCAGAAUUCUGAGCUGGUGAUUCAUCAGAGGACGCACACAGGAGAGAAACCCUUUGAAUGUCCUGAUUGUGGGAAAGGUUUCAGUCAAAGGUCCAGCUUGGUGGUACACCAGAGGACUCAUACAGGAGAGAAACUCUUUGAAUGCCCUGAUUGUGGGAAAGAUUUCAGUCACAAUUCUCACCUUGUAAAUCACCAGAGGACUCACACAGGAGAGAAACCCUUUGAAUGUCCCGAUUGUGGGAAAGGUUUCAGUCAAAGGUCGAGCUUGUUGGUACACCAGAGGACUCACACAGGAGAGAAACUCUUUGAAUGCCCUGAUUGUGGGAAAGAUUUCAGUCAGAAUUCUCACUUAGUAAAUCAUCAGAGGACUCACACAGGAGAAAAACCCUUUGAAUGUUCUGAUUGUGGCAAAUGUUUCAGUUGGAAUUCCAAUUUGAAUUCCAACCUGGUGAAACACCAGAGGACUCACACAGGAGAGAAACCCUUUGAAUGUCCUGAUUGUGGGAAAGAUUUUAGUCAGAAUUCUCACCUAGUAAAUCAUCAGAGGGCUCAUACAGGAGAGAAACCCUUUGAAUGUCCUGAUUGUGGGAAAGGUUUCAGUCAAAGCUCCAGCUUGGUGGUACACCAGAGGACUCACACAGGAGAGAAACACUUUGAAUGUUCUCAUUGUGGCAAAUGUUUCAGUCAGAAUUCCAACCUGGUGAAACACCAGAGGACUCACACAGGAGAGAAACCCUUUGAAUGUUCUCAUUGUGGCAAAUGUUUCAGUCAGAAUUCCAACCUGGUGAAACACCAGAGGACUCACACAGGAGAGAAACCCUUUGAAUGUUCUCAUUGUGGCAAAUGUUUCAGUCAGAAUUGCAACCUGGUGAAACAUCAG